GGACGAGCCCCCUUCCUUAGGCGAUAAAAGAGGAGCGGUAGGGUUUCGACGGCAUCCGCCAUCGUCGUCCUUCUCUUUCUUUCCUCCGUCGAUCGAUUCAUUUUAAUUUUUUUUUUUCUUUUGCGUCGGAAAUCUUUGCUUCUCCGAUUGCGAUCGGGGUGAGGGUGAUGAUUUUCGCCUUGGCGUGUGGCGAUUUGGCGGUGUGACGAUGCCCACCGCGGACUUCCAUGGGUCAUCUGCCCCCUUCGCUUUGGCGGGGCGUACGCUCCUGAGCCUUCGCCGUGAUCACUCCGCCAAUCCGAUGGAUCGACGCCACGCCGACUCCGGCGAGCAGCGGGAGCUGGACGCUUUCCAGCAACAGGUAGCGGACCUCUUUAACGAUCUUGCCGGUGGAGACGACGAGAUCUUAUCCAUUUCCUGGCUGCGGAGGCUUCUGGACACGUUCCUCGUGUGCCAGGAGGAGUUCCGGGGGAUCUUAUUCGGCCACCGCCGCCCCCCGGCCACGAUCGACCGCCUGGUUUCCGACUUCUUUGAGCGCGCCGUGAAGGCGCUCGACAUUUGCAACGCCGUGCGCGACGGCAUCGAGCAAGUGCGGCAGUGGCGGAAGCACAUCGAGAUCGUGCUCGUGGCCCUCGAUCCGCACCAGCGGGAAUUCGGGGAGGGACAGCUCCGCCGGGCCAAGAAAGCGCUGUGCGACAUCGCGAUCCUCAUGCUGGACGAGAAGGACUCCGGUUCCAUUGUCUCCCAUCGAAAUCGUUCCUUCGGACGUAAUGGAGGCUCCUCUUACUCGUCAAGCAGCGGGUCCGGUGGCCGCCGCUCGCACUUCCGCUCCCUCUCCUGGAGCGUCUCUCGUUCCUGGUCUGCAGCCCGACAACUGCAGGCCAUUGGGAACAACCUAUCCGCACCUCGUAGCCAUGAGAUGGCUGAAACAGCUGGAUUUGCAGUGCCCGUUUACACGAUCAGCUCAGUCCUCAUCUUUGUGAUGUGGUCUCUGGUGGCGGCGAUUCCCUGCCAAGAUCGUGGUCUCCAGAUCCACUUUUCCAUUCCUCGGGCUUACCUGUGGGCGCCUCCUGUCUUGGCCCUUUAUGAUAGAAUAGUAGAGGAGUCAAAGAAGAAGGAGAGGAAGAAUUCUAUUGGCCUGUUGAAGGAAAUUCACCAGAUCGAGAAGUGCGUGCAUCACUUGAUGGACGUUAUAGAUGUUACCCAGCUCCCCUUGACAGAGGAGAAGGACAUCGAAGUGAGGCAGCAGAUGCAGGAGCUGACCCAAGUCCAUGCAACCAUAAAGGAGUGUCUUGAUCCUUUGGAACGUCAGGUCAGGGAAGUUUUCCUUCGGAUAGUACGAAGCCGCACUGAAGGAUUGGAUUUCCUGAAGAUUUCUGAUUGAGUCAUCUCAUUGUGGAUUUCCUACCAGUGAAAUUAAACAUGGAACAUUGAUGUUAUAUAAAUAUAGUCAUUUUAGAUUCGGGUUGCCAAGCUCCAUGUGGAUGGUCACAGGCUAGUGACAGAAAAACCUGCAAAGGAAAAGAAUCAGGAGAUAGAUGGAAUGUUUUCUUCCUCCAAUACAUCAGCAGGUAACGUCUUGUAUCUACCUAAGUGCAAUCUGUGAAAGAAACUGAUUUGAUUUAAGGUUGUUGUUCUGAAUAUGAUUGUGGUUCAUUGCUAUCUCUUUUGAAAUUUGGAUUGCUGUAUACAUCUUUUAAUGUGAUAGAGGCAGUGCCCCCUGUGAAUUUCCCAUAGUC